AGCGUGCUUCACAACGAUGGGUCUUCGCCGUAGUAGCUCUUUGACGUGAUGAUCAUCGGCUAUUCCAGCCACCCAUCGCCGUCACUACUGUUGCCGUAUACCCGUGUACAUACCUAAUACAUUGUUUUAAGCUGGACGGCACACUUAGUCUUGUUCCUGCCCAGACGUCGGCUGCCGCCUAUUACAAUGCCCUUCCUACGCCGUCGAGGCGUCAUGGCUAGUGACACCGAUAUGAGACGACAUACCAUUCUAGUCGAUUCGGCGUCCGCUGCCCCUAAACAGUCUUCGCGCAAACCCCAGCCAGAGGCGUUAUUGAGCCCCGACGCUACCGCAGGGAAUGGAGAAGGGUUAGGAGAUGGUACCUCUGGAAAUGGCGAGGACAGCAAAUCUUCCGUCGACACAGUCGCGACGUCAGCUACCGCGUCCAUGUUCCCCGGCAGAGAAAGCGAAGAUCCCUUCAGUCGUCCCGAGUCUCCUCCAAUUCAAGAUGAGUCGCCGAAACAUCGUAGGUUCAGCAUGUUGAGAUUUCGCAAUGCCUCCGAUUCCCAAUUGUCGGCCCGAUUAAAACAGCAACAGCAAGCCGAGAAGAUGCCACCCAUGCCGCAGCCUCCCUCCAUCAUCAUGACUGCGCCGACCAUGACUAUGGAUAUGGACAUGCAACCGAAGAAACCACGCAUGAAAAUCCCCUUACGAAUGCGCCGGUCUAGCGAUCUUCCCAGAGGCGAUCAAGAGCCCACAUCGAAAUUUAUCCCACCUCCAGCUCCUAAAAAGGAUAAAAGGAAAACUAUAAACGAACGAACGAUGUCCUCGUCGAGUAAACAGACGGUAACUUUCGAAGAGAGUUCGAGGCCUGGAACAUUAACUAGGUCGCAGACCAACACUACCGAUGAUCAAAACGCCUUAACUCCCCCUAUAAAUCGUCUAUCUGAGUCUUCUAGAUCAGAAAGCAGCUUUAACGAGCAUACUGCAUCUCCACAACAGACCGGGUUAAAUCCCACAUCUUUCUUCCGUCUUCGCCGCAGGCCCAAACAACCGGAGCCGCUCUUCCCUAUAACACAUCUCCCUCAGAAGUCUAAGACCCCCGCAAUAUCUGGUACAGCCUCCUCUAUGUCGCGUUCCUCGACCUCAUCUCGCCCUUCUUUCGCUCUAGACUCAUUCCGCCCGUCUAUAGGACAGGAUGCAUCAAUGUCCUUAGCUUCUCCCUCCCAAUCUGGAAAACCGACGGGGUCUCCUGCUACAGCUUUGUUCAGGCCUUCCUCUCGACACUCUGGACAGUCGUCCCCGACGAGAAUGCACGUAAGUCUCCGAGGGCGAUCUUCCACAAUGAGUUCCCUCGGCGAGAGUUUUAUCGACGACCGUCAACGUCCUGGAACCACACGAACCUCGUCUUCCACCGGCCGUAAAAGUUUCGGUGAUCUGCUAGGGCUAAGUCGUAUGCGACAGAAUACCGAUAGCCUACGACAUGGGAGCUUAACCCCGGCAACUCCAGGCUCGAGUACUUCAAAGAAUAAUUCAUUACAAAUAAAUAGGGAACCGGUCGUGCUACCUGAGCGCCGGGAAGAUGAUACACCCGCGAAGUAUCUCACACGUCUAGAGGAGAUGCUUAGUCACGGUGUCAUCGCCGCCGCCCUAUCUAAGGAAACCGAUUCCUUUUCUGCGGCUGUACUGCGAAGUUACAUGCGAACGUUUAGUUUCUUUGAAGAGCCUAUGGAUAUGGCCAUUCGGAAGCUUCUUAUGGAGGCCGAGCUCCCUAAGGAAACUCAACAAAUAGAUCGCUGCCUACAAGCUUUCGCUAACCGUUACCAUGAAUGUAAUCCUGGGAUAUACUCUACCCCGGAUCAAGCAUAUUUCAUAGCUUUCUCCCUUCUUAUAUUACAUACUGAUGUGUUCAACAAGAACAAUAAGUACAAGAUGCAGAAGGCCGAUUAUUUGAAGAACACGCAUGGCGAAGGUAUUUUCGAUGAUAUACUGGAAUGCUUUUAUGACAAUAUUAGCUACACACCCUUUAUUCAUGUUGAGGAUGAUCUAACUAUUAAUGGCGAUCGAACCGGUAGCAUGCGAUCGAAGAAGAAAGCUGCGUUUCCGAACAGCACGACAGAAACGUUGCGAAGGUCGAAAGACCCCAUUGACCCCUAUACGUUAAUCCUAGACGGCCGGCUUGAUACCCUCCGACCACCUCUCAAGGACCAGAUCCCGCUCGAGGAACAUUAUAGUUAUACAGGCACAGCUAAAGACCUCAACCUGAAAGAACUGCAGAACACUUUUUUCAAGACGGGAGUUCUGCAAAUUGUAUCAGCGCGGUCCCGUCCGGACGCUUUUAUGACCGAGAAAACGGCAAACAAUCCACAAGAAGCCCAUCCGGGUAUAGUAGACAUUAAGGUCACUAAAGUCGGAUUGCUAUGGCGUAAAGAUGCUAAGAAAAAGAAGACGCGCUCACCCUGGCAAGAAUGGGGAGCCAUUCUAACCGGCGCCCAACUAUACUUCUUCCGCAACACGGCAUGGGUCAAGAAUCUAAUGCAUCAGUACGAGACACAUAUCAGGUCGGGGCACGAUGGGAUACCACUCAUCUUCAACCCACCCCUCGAGCAAUUCAAGCCUGAUGCUCUCAUGUCAACGGAUGGUGCUGUGGCGCUCUGGGAUGCCAGUUACAAGAAGCACAAGAACUCAUUUGUAUACGUCAGACACGGCGGGCUAGAGGAAGUGCUACUCGCACAGAACGAGGAAGAUCGAAAUGAUUGGCUCGCCAAGUUAAACUAUGCUGCUGCAUUCAGAACGUCCGGCGUACGAAUGCGUGGAGUCAUAGGCGGUAACUACGAAGGUCAAAGUCGACGUGCCAUCAGGAGGUUGGACAGUCCUGACGCCACUCAGCUCAUUCAAACACCCAGUGGAGAAGUCAGUAUCAACCGCAGCCGUAUCGACCAUCAGAUGGCUCGAGACAUCCUCGUUGCCCGCCGUGAAAUCAUACGUCAGAAGAUUGAGGAGGCCGAUGGGAAGCUUGAGCACGCACAGAAAAUCCUAGAGACACAGCUGAGGAAUGCCAGACACUUACUAAUAUUAGCUCCAAUCCAGGAUAAAACCCGGGACCAGGUUCGAGGAGGCGCUGCGAAAAUCAUUGCUCAGUUAAAGUGGACUCGGACGGAAAUCUGGAGAUUAAAAUGUCACCGCGACAUCCUUGCUUUAGAUCUCGAAGAGGAGAAAGAAACCAAUGGCGAUUUAGGGGAUGGUAUGGUAGAGACUAGUUCGACCACCGAGAAACCAUUGCCUACGGAUAAGGAGUCGCCAUCCGGUUCUCAGAAUACGGAACAGACUCUGCGGUCUCCCGCUCCGCUUUCGCUGACUCAGUCUUCCGAAUCUGUAAAUCAGGUAGAUGGAGACUCGCCCGCAGUAGAAAAUUUCGUAACACCUCCAACUUCAGCCACUGACCCGUUAUUUCACGACGGCCAGUCUUCCCAAGAUGCACCCCCCGUUAGUUCUGACCACUUCAGUCCCCGAAAAACAUCUGUGUCAAGUGUUGCCUCCUCGUCAAGGUUAGCUGCUGCGACUACACUACCCCGCAAAGCGUCAAGCCCAGCCAUUGGGCAAGAUAAGGAUACCAUCGAUGAACAAGCGGAAGAGGACGAGGGUGAGAGACAGAUCCUUGAACAGACCGGUCUUCUCGAGAUGGAGUCCGGCCGGGCAUCAGGCCAUAAGCGUACUUCCUCCGGUAAAGUUCACGAGGAUAGCCCCGAUCGACCUAAACGCACGAGCGCCUCCGGACCAGACAAGGAGGGGCUUGACAGAAGCAAGACGCGCCGUAGUCUGCAACGUACGCUAAGGGACGGCGCGGGUCAUUUGUCACACCACCGCAGCAGGAAGGGGAAAGAUUCCGCAUCGAGCGGUGGUAUGUCGGAUGAAACAGUUCGAGAGAACGAUGUUCUCAUUCGUGGCACCGGUAGCUUUACGGUACAUGGUAAAAAAGCGUCUGUCAUCAAUUUUGGGAGUGAACUGCAGAAUAUGUCAAACGAUGAACGUAUAAAACAACGUAAACAGUCGUAUCAAAGCGACGAGCACAGGUUUGAUUCCUUCACAAACACGGAUGAUGACUUUCAUUCAGUCCUCUCUAAUCCUCGGGAACGGUCUGCUCGACGGGGGUCGGGUGCUAGCGCCAGCACGGCAACCGCUCGAUCUUUCCGGGAUCUGCACCGGAAAUAUUCGUCAUCGAAAACUCACCGCUACGCAGCUACAGGAGGCCUAACAGUUCCAUCUGAUGAAGAUAGCGACGCAGCCGUAAGCUUUUCAGAUGGCCGAAGAUCGCCUUUACCACCUUUAGAUGAUGAAGACGAAAGCCCUGAAGAGGGUCGGAUGUCGCAAGCCCGCUUUUAUACACCCGAGCCUCCUAGUUCGCCUACCCAGAAAGCAUCGGAGGCGAGUGAAAAGGACGGAGAGGUAACUCAGGAUAUAGAGCAGCUACCCAGUCCUGUCAUUCAAACAGUCGGUGUGUAAUGUUGAUAGACAACCGCGGAUCAUGGAUAUCAUGUCGUGGCAAUUGUUGCGUGUUGUUAGGGUUCUAAGGGAUACGAUUUUUGUAGCCACCAUUGCAUAGGAGUUUAUAGAGGAUUCGGAUUCACACAGGGAGCAGGACAAACAGGAAACGGUUAUACACGCUCUCGAACUUCAAAAAAAGACAUGGCAAACGACAAUUAAUAUAUGUGUUGUAUGUACUGAUAGAGAAGAAAAACAAAGGGCAUCAGUGCUUCGACGGAAGUAAGAGAGGGUAUGAAGGACCUUCGAAACAAACAAAAUAACCACUACACCUCCCCCCUACCGGUAUUUAACACAACGCCAGGUUAACUUUGCUAGAGAGUCCUGGUCAGAGACGGAGCGGAGUAUACACGAUACGGUAAUUGCUGUAUAUACAUGGAUUUCUAGCAGCACUCCUUUAUAAAAUCGCCCUUUGUUAAUGAUGAUUU